AUCCGAACUGCACAUCUCCGCCAUCGACUACCACGGAGCUGGAUUGCCGUCGCGCGUCCGUCACAUCUUCAUAAGAACCCCCGGAGCUCCCACCUUUCCACCACCCCUUGUUGUCUCCAACUGCCGUGUCACUCCAACGUUCAGUCCGGAGCCUCCUUGCAUAUCAACAUACACACACCAAGUUCUAACGACCACGAUUUACACGCCUUGUCACCGAACACGAUGAAGGCCUUCGCAGCUUCCUCUCUCGCGGCCGCGCUCUAUGCGGCCACAGCCUCAGCCGAUGCCAUCCAGGCUUGCCCCAACACCGAUGUCUGCUUCCGCGUCGCUGUUCCGGCGGCUUCAUCCAGCUCCGGCAGCGGCAACAUGUACUUCCAAAUGUCUGCUCCGACCAGCUACCAGUGGAUUUCCCUCGGCACGGGUUCGUCGAUGUCCAACGCCAACAUGUUCUUGAUGUACGCCGACGGAAGCGGAAACGUCACCGUCAGCCCUCGUACUGCUCGCGGCCACAACAUGCCCACUCUUUCUUCGAGCACCACCCUCGAGCUCCUCAGCGGCUCCGGCAUCGAGAACGGCAAGAUGGUCGCCAACGUCCGCUGCACUAACUGCGCAUCCUGGAGCAGUGGCUCCAUGUCCCUGAACUCGGCUACCAGCUCCUGGAUCGCUGCCUGGAAGUCGGGCAGCGCCCUCAACUCGGCCAGCACCAGCCAGAGCAUCCAGCAGCACGACGAGCACACCAACUUCAACCUCGACCUCACCCAGGCGACAGUCCAGACCGACAGCAACCCCUUUGCGAGUGGUUCUGGAAGCAGUGGCAAUGGGAAUGGCGGCUCCACCAGCGGUGGCGGUGGUGUUGUAUUUAAUGGAGGCGGCGGCGUUUCGUCCAAGGUCCUCCUCGCCCACGGCAUCAUAAUGACGAUCGUAUUCGUUGCCCUUUACCCCAUCGGAGCCAUUCUCAUGCCCUUGGUGGGCAAGUGGAUGGCUCACGCUGCCUGGCAGUCGGUUGCCUUCUUGCUCAUGUGGGCCGGAUUCGGCACUGGCUACGCUUAUGCUCGCGACAACGGUUAUCUCUUUGCACAAACCCAUACCCUGCUGGGUACCGUAGUUGUUGCCCUCCUGGCCGUGCAGCCGUUCCUGGGAUACGCCCACCACGCCUACUACAAGAAGUUCCAGACCCGCGGUGUUGUCAGCCACGUCCACAUCUGGUUCGGUAGAAUUGUGAUGAUUCUCGGCAUUAUCAACGGUGGUCUCGGUCUCGAGCUCGCUAGCUCGUCCCGGGCCUAUGUCGCUGCGUACUCCGUGGUUGCUGCUAUUCUCGGAGUUGCGUGGAUUGGAGCCGCCGUUUGGGGCGAGAUGCGCAAGUCCAAGCGUACCGUCAAGCGCGAGCAGAGCCACGAGUCUCCGGAUUCCCAGCAACGCAUCCCUUAUCGUCAAAAGAGAUAAGCGCCCGGACCGGCCUGGCCUGACCAGGCAAGGCUUGGGGGUUUACUAUGGACGACGGCAAACAUACAGAGAAAAAGACUAGGUGAUACAGAGAUUAGUCUCUAAUUUGUUUUGUAU